AUUUUUUUUUUUUAAAAAAAAAAAACGCUCAGGAAGCGAACCCUAAACAAGUAACAACCGAGCAUUGGAAUCUAUAAAACGAGCAAAAAUCAAAACCUUACGCCCGCGAAUGUUCCUUCUCUUUUCUUCCAGCUCUCAAUCAUUUCAGAAAUGGCUACACCAUUGAUAAUGGGAAUGGCAGUAGCAGCUACGGCAUAUGCUGGCAGAUAUGGCAUCCAGGCUUGGCAGGCAUUCAAAGCAAGGCCUCCAACUGCUAGAAUGCGUAAAUUUUAUGAAGGUGGUUUUCAAUCUGUCAUGACGAGGAGAGAAGCAGCUCUAAUACUUGGAGUAAGGGAAAGUACUGCAGCAGACAAGGUCAAGGAAGCACAUAGGAGGGUGAUGGUCGCAAACCAUCCAGAUGCAGGCGGAAGCCAUUACCUUGCUUCUAAAAUAAAUGAAGCAAAGGAUAUCUUACUUGGAAAAACAAAGGGUGGUGGAUCUGCAUUUUAGUGCGCCUAUUAACUCUGUUUCAAAACAAAAUCGCCAUUUGCAGCGGAGUCAAAUUUGAGGAUACAGGUACUGCAGUAAGAAAAUUCUGGGUCUCUGUUUAAUCGUUUUCUUGGGACCCAAAAGAGGUACACCAACUGAAAGCCAUUUUGUAUUUCUUAUUUAUGAAUUUUGUAUGAUGUGAGGGAAACAAACUGUCGUUCGGCCUUUGGAUGUUCCAAAGCAGAUGCUAUUGAUCAAAAUAAUGAUUUUGCCCGCUGUUUUCCUCA